AUGGCUAGAACCAAGCAGACUGCCCGUAAGUCCACUGGUGGCAAGGCUCCCCGUAAGCAGCUCGCUUCCAAGGCCGCUCGCAAGGCCGCCCCCUCGACCGGUGGUGUCAAGAAGCCUCACCGUUAUAAGCCUGGUACCGUCGCUCUGCGUGAGAUCCGUCGCUACCAGAAGUCCACUGAGCUUCUGAUCCGCAAGCUGCCCUUCCAGCGUCUGGUCCGUGAAAUUGCUCAGGAUUUCAAGUCCGACCUCCGCUUCCAGUCCUCUGCCAUCGGUGCUCUCCAGGAGUCCGUUGAGGCCUACCUCGUCUCCCUGUUCGAGGAUACCAACCUUUGCGCCAUCCACGCCAAGCGUGUUACCAUUCAGUCGAAGGAUAUCCAGCUCGCCCGCCGCCUCCGUGGUGAGCGCUCUUAG